GGUGAAAUGGCGUGUCUGUCAGUUUUUUUAGUCGUGUGAUAUGCACAAGGUGUGACUUUAACGUGUGCGUGUUAAAAGAAUUACGAAGUUAAUUAAUAAAAGUGCACAAAUGGUUGCAUUAUAGUGAAGUUGUAUAUUUAGUGUGAAUGGAUCCUGCCAUAUCCUGGUCGCAACCAGAACAGGACGGUCCAGCAAAACUUUUGUGGCUUCGUAUAUGGCAAACGCAACAAGAACUUGAGAGUAUGAACUUAAAAGAGGGUGACAGUGACGUAGAAACAUUCACGAACGGUUUUAACAAUCAGAAUAACGCAAUCGUUAAUGGUAAAAUGGACAAAACGACGAGUUCGCUCAACAGAAGGCGGAAGGUUGAAAAUAGGACCAAUAACCGUCCCGCAUCCAGACACAAUAGACUUAUAAACGACGGAGAGUGUCCGUGGAGGGCGGAAAACUAUCCAUACCUCAAGGGUGUUAUGGGUUUGCACGAAGAAAUAGAACACUUUUACAAUUACAUGAGCCCCACAGACGUAGAACACAAACUUAGAGCCGAAGUGGUGUCCAGGAUAGAGAAAGUGAUACUUUCCAAAUGGCCAGACGCUCAGGUGGAAGUUUUUGGUUCCUACCGUACGGGGCUGUACCUGCCCACAAGUGAUAUUGAUCUAGUUGUAAUAGGAAAGUGGACGAACUUGCCGCUGAGGACGCUGGAGCAGGAGUUCCUCGACAACAACAUCGCACAAGACAACAGCAUAAAGGUGCUGGACAAGGCGUCGGUGCCCAUAGUGAAGCUAGUCGACCGAAAAACGGAAAUCAAAGUGGACAUAUCGUUCAACAUGUCGAACGGCGUCAAGUCGGCCGAGCUGAUAAAGUCGUACGUGAAAGAGUACCCGGUGUUGCCGAAGCUGGUCUACGUGCUGAAGCAGUUCCUGCUCGAGCGCGAGCUGAACGAGGUGUUCACCGGCGGCAUCUCCAGCUACAGCCUGAUCCUGAUGUGCAUCAGCUUCCUGCAGCUGCACCCGCGGCCCGAGACGCUGCGCAACGGCAACCUCGGCGUGCUGCUGAUCGAGUUCUUCGAGCUGUACGGCAGGAAGUUCAACUACAUCAACACGAGCAUACGGAUAAGGGAGGGCGGCAAGUACAUCAACAAGGAGGACAUGCAGAAGGAGAUGGUGGACGGACACAGGCCCAGCAUGCUGUGCAUAGAGGAUCCGCUGCAGCCUUCCAACGACAUCGGCAGGAGUAGUUAUGGCGUUUUGCAGGUGAAACGGGCGUUCGAGUACGCGUACACCGUGCUGACGAACGUGGUGCAUCCGCUGUCCAUCUACUCGAACUGCCAGCAGCAGAGCAUCCUGGGCCGGAUAGUGCGCGUGCGCGAGAAGGUGGUGCAGCACCGGCAGCGCGUCGAAGAGCGGCAGCGGUACAACAAGCUGUCGUCGAGGUCGCCGUCCAGCACCGGAUCGACGUCCAGCGCGGAAGAGAGCGGAGUUAGCUCGGAAGGCUCCGACAACCCGUCACGUGAUAACUCGCCAAAUAUAAACUUCAUACCUCGUCACAUACAACCAAAAAAUAACACGUUCAACAAAAACCGAAGGUACACGCGUACAAACAACCACCACAACUACAACCAGUCUAACUUGACGAAGCGCAAAAAACCCGCCGCCAAGCAAUAGUAUCUAGUGUGCAGGAUGGUUGUCAUUUUCUAACAAGUGGGCGUUCGAUCCGCAAAAGCGCACGAUGAUGGAUUGCUUGCGUCGGCCAACUAAAAUAAAAUACUAAUAAAACUACGGUCAUGACAAAGAGGCUGCAACAAAAUGAACACGAAUCUCAUUCUUGUACAUAUCAUUGCACUACGUAAAUUUUACCAAAAAGCUACAACUGAUUGAAAUACUCAAGUGGUUUUGCAAGUUUAGCCUUAGAAAGUAAAAAGUUACCAAAAGCUAUUGUCCAAAGACGAUAGUGAAAUGUGCAAUAUGUGUCUUAAUUUGGUUGGUAUUUUGUAAAUGACUUACAAGCAUAUCGUCGAAAAUAUCGGUGAAGUUGGCAUCUCAACUUUGGAAAAAGUUACUUGGUCUUAAGAACUUUGUGUGACAUUGUAUAUUAAAUUGUAAAGUUAAAUCAAUUGUACAUUGUGAUAUAUUUGAUAAUUAAGUGACAGGGACUACUACUUGAGAUUUUUUCAUUUUAUUAUUUAUUUUUUCGCUGAAGUCCGCUUAUUCUUUGUACUGAGGAAAUUAAAAUUUAUGUUCUUUUAAUAUUUAGCAACUUCUGCAAUACCUUUAUUAUUUUUUUUACAAAUAGGUUAUUAUCUGGACAUCAGUUUUUUUGAGGACUUGAUAAAAAUUGUAUAUUAACAGUUGAAUUAUUUUCUAUGUAAAUUUGUUACUAGAUUAAGUAUUUAUAUUAGUGAAUAGAUUUUAAGACGGUUGUCUAUUUAUAUUGUAUAGUCUUAUUUAAAUUUUUUUAAAUUUCAAUAAGAAUAGACUUAAGAAGUACAAAUUAUAA